CAUUCCUCGGCAGACUGGUGCUUCAACACUAUUUUAAGUGAUGAUUCAAUAAUGACAAUGUUACAUUGCUUCAACUUAUCGUGAAAAUACUAGACCAGUCUUGUGUACAUUACAAAGUUCGUGAGUGAGCUGAGAGGGGAACAAGUGGCCGACUGACGUUACACUUCUUUCAAAGAAAAACAUUCUGUUGAUUUCUUGUGUAUGUAAUUCAACACACUAUUCAGAAGAAUAUUUAUUGGCUCUUCUAUUGUGCUGUGAAAGGAACGAUAUCAUGAUUCUCUUGUUUCUCCCUGCCUUGUUCCACUACGAUUGACGCUCGCUUUGCUUUACAACCGGGGCCUUGCGGUCCGAGUAGCCAAGACACGCAUGCACGGAGAAGUGCGUGGAAUACCAGUUGCAUGAAUCAUAACACCACCACCAACGGGAGUUAGAUGAUUGGAUGGGCGUGCUCUGGCGAAGGAGCUGGUCCGCUGACAUAGCUGCAGCAGAAUCGCGGAUGUGCUAUUUGUAGCUGAGUGCUACAACUUACGGAGGUUCAUCAUCAUGUCGCUUAUGCGACGAUCACAAAAAACUUUUACUGUUAGAGUCCAGACUCUGGAUGCCGAAUUAGAAUUCAGCAUUGAUGUGAAGACUACUGGACGCCAAUUAUUUGACUUGGUGUGUCGUACUAUAGGAUUAAGAGAGACUUGGUAUUUUGGACUGCAAUAUGAGGAUUCUAAACGCUAUAUCGCAUGGCUCAAAAUGGACAAGAAGGUCCAAGAACAGAGUAUACCUAAAGAGGAGCCUGUUUCAUUCCUGUUCCUGGCCAAGUUCUAUCCUGAGGAGGCCUUUGAGGAGCUCAUCCAGGAAAUCACUCAACAUCUAUUCUUCCUCCAAGUCAAGCAGCUGAUACUUAACGAGGAGAUAUACUGUCCUCCGGAGGCCUCGGUGCUACUAGCCUCCUAUGCGGUCCAGGCAAAGUACGGUGACUACGAAGCUCAUGUCCAUCAGCGUGGUUUCCUUGCCAACGAGGAGCUGCUUCCUGGGAGGGUCAUAAGUCAAUUUGACAUGUCACCUAGCCAAUGGGAGGAAAGAAUCACAGCGUGGUAUGCUGAACAUGAAGGUCUCCUCAGAGAUGAGGCAGAAAUGGAAUACCUGAAAAUAGCCCAAGAUCUUGAAAUGUAUGGUGUCAGCUACUUUGAAAUCAAGAAUGAGAAAGGAACAAGCCUGAAUUUGGGAGUGGAUGCUACCGGUCUCAAUAUCUAUGAGCUUGACAACAAACUUGUACCAAAGAUAUCUUUCCCGUGGAGUGAAAUUAGAGAUAUAUCAUUUAGAGAUAAAAAGUUUACAAUAAAACCUACUGCAAAGAAAUCACCAAAUUUUUGCUUCAUCUCGCCAAAGCUACGAAUGAACAAACUUAUUCUUGAUCUUUGUGUUGGUAACCAUGAGCUCUUCAUGCAGAGAAGAAGAGCAGAUUCGAUGGAAGUACAGCAGAUGAAAGCUCAGGCAAGGGAAGAGAAAGCCAAGAGACAUAUUGAGAGAGAGAAGUUAAUUCAAGAGAGACAUCUCCGGCAGAAGGCAGAGCAGGAGAAGGAAGAGUUAGAGAAACAGCUUCGCCAUUUCCAAGAGGAGUCCCAGUUAGCUCACGAUGCGUUGGUGAGAUCAGAAGAGACGGCUGAGCUCCUGAAUGAAAAGGCUCAAGUAGCAGAAGAAGAAGCCAUGUUAUUAGCUCAGAAAGCCGACCAGGCUGAGAGAGAAAUCCAAGCUAUUAGAGUAGAAGCCAUCAAGACUGCAGAAGAGAAACGUUUGAUGGAGAUGAAGGCUCAUGAGGCUGAGUUCAUGGCUUUUCGGCUUGCAGAAGAGUCACAGCAAAGGAGUUUAGAAGCAGAAGAGUUAAAGCAACAGUUGUUCAAUGCAAGGCUGGCUGAAAAGGAGGCAAAGGAGAAGCUCAUACACAUCUCAACAAGAUCUCUUGUUCCGCAUUUAGAACGUAGCCAGAGCUCCCUGAGUAACGAACUAGCAGCACUCCAGCUGGAUCCUGAGCUCAGCUCUGGGGACAUGGACAUGAUGGAGGAUGUAGACGUGGAGAAACUCUCCAAGGACAUUGAAGAGAACCGGGUGGACUACCUGGAAAGAUCCAAACACCUCAAGAUGCAGCUUAAUGAACUCAAAUCAGAGAUUGAAGUCUUGAAGGUGGAGGAGAAACAAACUCAGCUGGAUCGGAUCUAUAAUGAGGUGAACAGUCGGGGCGAGAACAAGAAGACGACUCUGAGUAAGAUUAGCAAGGGUUCAACCAAAGCAAGGGUAGCCUUCUUUGAAGAGCUGUAAUGUAGUGGAUGAUCUGUGAAUCAACAUGAUGUGCAUUAUUGUCGUCAAGAAAUCAGAAAGAUCUUCAGCGGUGGUUCCCUAAUGCUCAGUUGCGUUCUUUGAAGUGUUGUGAUUAAGUGAGUAAUCCAAGGGUAAUUGUGAAUCAGCAUGUUUGUGUCAUUUUCCUCGGGGAUUCAGCAAUGGCUCUUAGGAUCAGUUGCCACCUUUCAAGAAUGUCCGGCAAAGGUUUCUCAACAUUCGGUCAUCUUCUUUGAAGUAUGACUAGAGGAUAACCUGACAUAUUUCCAUCAUUGUUGGAAAAUCAGCAAGGUCUCCUGCGAUGAUUCCUCAAGGCUCAAUUGCCUUUUUAGGCUAAAAAGACUUGAGAAAGUUAUCAACGUUUGCUACAAGGUGUGCAUCACCAUCUUUGAUGAGAAAUUAUGGAGCAGCUACAACAAUAAAAAAUGUGCUCUCUUUUUACCUAAAUCAACUAUAAUUUCAAUAAAUAUAAGGUCCUCUAUCGAGGAUCAAUGGAUAGAUGAUGGAGGACAUGAUAGUGAAUCCAGAAUGUCUGCUACUUCACUCUCCUUCAGGGAGAUUUUUUGAAAGUUUUGUCCCCAAUAUCACCAACAGAUGUUUACUCCAGAUCCUUGCAUGUGAUUGACUGAGAGCAACUUGGUGAAAAUCCCUGACCAAACUUUUCAUGAAACGCUCCCUAGGUCAGUAAGAGUUAAACCAUCAUAUUUGGGUCCUGUUACACAAAUCAAGUUACAAGAUAAAAUCAAUUGUACAAUUAGGGGUAACUGUAUUCCUAGCACACACACCAUAUACAAAAAGGAUGCAAUCAGUCGUAAAUUUGACUAUAACUUUUUUCUGUUACACCCCCAUUCUGUUCAUAUUUCUGAAGAAAAAAAAUCACAGUAACACAUUAAUUGGCUGGAAGAAGAAAGUAAACUUCUAAGAAGUUCACCAAUGUUUAGUUGAGCAUUGUUCAGUCUUUCAUUGCUCUGCCCUCAUUGCAACAUUGGUAUGGUUGGCAUCCUGUUUCAGCUUUGGUCACAAGUCAUGUACCUCCUUGUUUGUGUGUAGUUUGUUACUUUUAUAUGAAACCCUUGAAAUGCAUACACAAGGUUGCACAUUUUUAUCAAGCAUGCUUAACAUGAUGCAUGUGUAAGGUGUUCGGAUAAACGCAACCGACACAUGCAGCCAUCAUACUUAAUUCAUAUACUUCUUACAUGGAACAACAUGAGAAGGUCAUUUGAACUCCAUGCUUCAAAACUAAGGAAUGGCAUAUGUAGCAAGUUGAAAACAUUGAUUGUGCCUUGAAAAUGGGAUGCUGUACAUUCUCAAGAUUUCUCAGAGGGUUAUGAUAUCUGUGUAAAGACUCAGGAGAAGAUGCAGACGGGUGUACGGCUACGAUUACAAAAACCCAAGUCUUACAGAUAACAGAAAUCCGCUUUAAGUCAC